AUGGAUCAGCCCGCUUUAUAUCAUCGAGCAAAUUUAUUACAAAGACACGACGCCGAAGUUGUACUCAAAAAAUAUUCAAACAUAUUCCAAUGGCGUCUGGAUGGCCAGGACAGUUUAAUAGAUAUUGGUAGCGGUUCAGGUGAUGUUCUUAAAGAUUUCGUUUAUCCUCUAAUGCCCUGCAAUUUCGCGAGACUAGUUGGCUCGGACAUAUCCUCAAACAUGUGCAACUAUGCUCGACAAAUUUUUAAACACGAACCACGUUGCGAUUUCAGAGUAUUAGACAUUGCCACAGAAGAAAAGUUGCCAUACGAUUUAAAAGGACAAUUUGAUCAUGUGACUUCAUUCUAUUGCUUGCAUUGGGUACAAAAUCAAAGGCAAGCUUUGGAAAAUAUCUAUCAGUUAUUACGUCCAGAAAACGGUGAUUGUCUUUUAGUAUUCCCAACAAACAGCACUGCAUUUGAAGCUCAUUUACUGUUGCGCCAAUCGCCAAAGUGGUCAUCUUAUAUGACUGAUGUGGAGCGUUUCAUUGGCCCUUUUCGUCGCACCAAGAAUGUUCAAGAAAUAUUUGCAACUAUGUUGAGGGAAGCAGGUUUUAGUCACAUUAAAGUGGAAUUGCAUCACGAUACUUACGACUAUAAAACAGUUAAUAUACUAAAAGACAAUAUGGAAGCUGUUUGUCCUUUCCUGGGACGUAUGAUCGCUGAUCAACGUUCGGAAUUUUUGCAAGAUUUGUUCAAUACUAUGGUCGGUUUGAAUUUAAAGCACAAUAUUCAACCACAAAUUAGCAUAACAAACAAGCUGAUAGUGGCUUAUGCUAGAAAAACACCACGAAUUUUUGAUAAUGCCACCUAA